AAGCGGUCAAAGGUCAGCGCCAUCCGAGUUCAACCGGCUCACACGUCGUGAAAAAUUCCACCGACUUUGUCUUGAGAUUUCCGUAUUAUUUAGAGGAAAUAUGUUUCGCCAAGUAGUCACAAGAGUAGCUGGAGCUGUGAGGUCGACAGUGAUCCCAAGAAAUUUACAGCAACCACUGGCUGCAGCUCAAGUCAGGGGAUACUCUGCCAAAGUAGAAGAAACAGAUGAACAGUUUGAUGCCAGGUGGGAGGCAUACUUCAACCGACCUGACAUCGAUGACUGGGAACUCAGACGGGGACUCAAUGAACUCCACGGUCAUGACCUGGUGCCUGAACCUAAGAUCGUGGUAGCAGCACUGAAAGCGUGCCGUAGGCUCAAUGACGUUGCAAUGUCCAUCAGAGUUCUUGAAGCAAUAAAGGACAAGGCUGGCAGCCACAAAAACAUCUAUCCCUACGUCCUUCAGGAGAUCAGACCAACAUUAGAAGAGCUCGGCAUCAGCACACCGGAAGAACUUGGAUUCGAUAAUCCAGAGCCUGGCAAGAACUUAUAAGGUACAGGAGGGAUCCUAUCAAAGCGUGCUGUAACCCUCAGGAGAUUCGCAGCAUAUAUCUAGUAUGCAACAACCGAGUUUCAUACGAGAAGAAAGAGAAUAGAUGUCUAUGUGUGUUUUGAAUGUAAUUUAAUCCCAAUUGUAUACAAAUCUACUGAACUCAACAACCAUGAAUCGAGGCUUGAAUGAAAACCGAAGGUGGUGGUGACAAAGAACCAAUGAUGUGAGAAAAAAAAAAACACAUUUUUUAAAAAAUACAAGCGAGUGUUGACAAGAAGCUUCGUAUGCGACAGCUUCUAAUACUAACACGUUAGAGCACAUAUUCUUCACAUAUCUAGGCCAGGAAAGAUGAAAUAUACAAAUCCAAUAAUGCUCUCUCUGUCUGACACGGAAGUGAAAAGCAAAGUCUCUUUUCAUCUUAAUUUCAUAUUUUCCAUAUUGUACAGAAGUUUAUAUAUUACUUGCUUGAUUGCUGUUGAAUCGGUAUGUGCAAGAUUUUAUGUGUGCAGUUGUCUUGUAAGCACUGUCUAAUGUGAAGAAAAAUGAAAAAUUAUAUGGUGUCAUAUUGAA